GCCGCCCUUCCCAGCCUUUGCAGCUCCGCCAUUGAAUCCCAGGCGAAGAGGCGGGGAAGCAUCGCUACCCUUUCGCAGCCUUGCAAACGGGCCAUCCCGGCGCAUCCCCACGAAACCGGGCUGAAUCCCGCCUCGACGAAGAAGGCCUGGCUCCGAAAAAGUCUGGCGGAUUAAUCAGAAGAGAAAAGAAGGAUCAUAAAGGACUAGAACAGAAAGAGGAGAAGGUUAAGAAGAACCCACCAGGACAGCUUCAACCUGAGGAUUUAUGGCUGACCGGCUAGGAUGGCGGGCACCUCAAGAGACCAAAGGGCAACUGGGCAACGGGACGCAACAGCACUGGGAAUCCCAAUGGCAGGAGUUCUUGAAGACUAUGCAGCCCGUUCACACCGGAGAGGAGAAUAUUGUCACCUCGGAGGCCGUCCCGUGGGACGAUGGCAAAGCCUUCCUGGCCUCCUUCGAGCAAGUAGCCAAAGCCUGUCGGUGGCCAAAGGAAGAGUGGGCGGCCCGGCUGUUGCCCGCUUUGAGUGGAGAAGCAGAGCAGGCCUUCCGGAGCCUGGAAACCAGAGAUAGGGAGGAUUAUUGGAAAGUCAAGGUGGCCAUCUUGCGAGCGGAGGCCCUGAAAAUGGAGGCACAGCGUCAGCACUUCCGGCAGUUCUGCUGCCAGGAGGUUGAAGACCCUCGAGGGAUUUACGCCCAGCUCCAGGAGCUUUGCAGUCGGUGGCUGAAGCCGGAGAGACGCAGCAAAGAGCAGAUCCUGGAGCUGCUCAUUCUGGAGCAGUUCCUGGCCAGUCUUCCCCAAGACCUCCAAGCCUGGAUCCGAGCCGGAGGACCGGACAGUUGUUCUCAGGCCGUGGCCCUUGUGGAGGAUUUCAUGAUGAGCCAGCAAGUGGAUGAAACGGGAAAGUGGCAGCAGGUACCGGUGAACCUCAAGGAGACAGGUAUGUCUUUGCACGUGCUGGAUGAGACCCAGACGCAGCCUGAACAACAGACCAUGUUUUGGCAAGUUCUGCAGGAGGACGCUGGGAGCCGACCUGCUUCAGGUGAGAAGAGAAUUCUGGUCAAGACAGAGGAGCGUGGCUUAGGGGACAUUCAUGUCAAGUUGGCAGAAGAACCUGCAGGAAACCUGCUUGUGGCAACUGAUAUUCCUGGUGAUAGGAAGGAACUUAAGCUCAAAGUAGGAAAUCCUUACCGUGCAGGAGAUCAGCCGGAGGAAAUAUCUCAGGCGAUCCCAUGUAUAAUCGAGAGCGAUGCGCCGAUGACAACAGAGGUCGAAGAACCGAGGUGUACUUCCAGAAAGCAGCAGUGGAGGAAACCAGUGAAUGGGAACCACGAGUCCAUUCUCCCAGGUGCCAGGAGUGAGAUUUUGGAGCAUCCCCGAUCCAAAACACCCCUGGCCUCCAAAUAUGGGAGACGAAUCGAAUGCCCCGAUUGUCGGAAAACCUUUUCCUCGACAAAAAUCCUCAAGAUCCACCGGCGGAUUCACACGGGCGAGAGGCCGCACGAGUGUUCCCAUUGUGGGGAGCGUUUCACCCAACACGGGCACCUGCGACGCCACCAGAGGCGGCACACGGGAGAGAGUCCCUAUGAAUGCCCCGAAUGCGGGAAGAGCUUUUCGCGGAGAGACACCUUGCUUGAGCACCAAAGGAUCCAUACUGGGGAGAGGCCCUACAAGUGCGCCUACUGCGGAAAGGGCUUCUCCAAGAGUAUCACUCUGAAGCGCCACCAGAUACUUCACAUCGAGGAGGCCUAUUUUGGACGUCUCCAAUAUGGAGAACACUUUGGUCACAUGGGCGAAUUGGUUAGCCAACACAGAAUGCACAUUGCACAUUAACUGUGUUCCAUCCUGCAGUUUUCGGUUUCAAUUGCCUUUUUGCAAAUCUGGUGCUGAACAGCUCUUCUCCUGGAACAUGAAUUCAUCUAUCAACUAUCGGCAAAUAGUAUAGAUUUCAGAGCAAUAAGGAAAUGUUUGGUGCUGAAUAUAGGUGUCAUUCCACUCUAAGACUUCAAUCUGUGCCAAACAUUGAUGGCUAUAAGACAGUGAUUCACAACCUUUUUUUGACCAGGGACCACUUGACCAAGGACCAUUUGAACCGGGACCACUCUGCAACAUUAGUACCAAAAUCAGUUUUUGGUCAACUUUAAAUUCAGUUUGGUUAUUUGUAAUGUUGAUUCAGAAAAUUGCAUUAGAUAGACCACAUCAGCUUGAGCUUCUGAUAGAGAACAUAUGCCAUCCAGAUGCUUGUGUGUUCUUAAGAUGUAAAGUACACAUCUGUGUUUUGGAUGGAUUAGGAAUCAGCUUUUUUUAUUUAUCAUGUCAAGAGCAGACCAAACAGUUGUAUUGCAUUCUUUAACAAACAAACAAACAAACCACAAGGUUUGCAAGCUUGGUAGUUGAUUAAAUGUCCUUUGACCAGUAUCUGGCCACUUAGAGUGCCUCUGGUGUUGCCGCAAGAAGGUCCUCCAUUGUGCAUGUGGCAGGGCUCAGGUUGCAUUGCAGCAGGUGGACAGUGGUUUGCUCUUCUCCACACUCGCAUGUCGU